AUGGGAUCAGUGACCGUCGACGCCCGUGGCCAGUCGCAUGCCGUGUCUACGCACCUGCAACAACUCGCGUCUCCUCCGCGCAAGUCGGGUUCCCUGCGCUCGUUCCUGCUCUUCUUCGGCUCGUGCAGCAAGCGUGACCGAUGCAAGCGUCGCGUUGUGGAGCACAUCGGCAGGCAUCUUGGCCAACUUUGCGAGUUCGAGACCUGUAUACAAUAA